GCAGCACUAUGUUGGCCCCCAUAACCAAGUUUACAUUCAGGAAGGUCACUGUCUUGACGGUAUGAAGGGUGGCUAUGAGGAGACCAAUGAGAAGGAUGUGGGAAUAUUUUGAAUGGGAGAUUGGAAUGAUUCUAAAAUGAGACUGUAUGGGGAAUAUGGAGAAUAAGCAAUAGAUCUGAGCAUUAGUUUUUGAGAUAGAUUAAUAGGACCCAGUAUUGAAGUUGCUGAGGAUGGCUUAAGGAGGUACCAUGUUAGACCCAGGCAACAGAAUUCCUUGACCUGACCUCAAGCGAUAUAGAUGUGAACGAUUAGAAGAACAAUUAAAUGACCUAACGGAGCUCCACCAGAACGAAAUUUUGAACCUGAAACAAGAAUUGGCCAGCAUGGAAGAGAAAAUCGCAUAUCACUCCUAUGAACGGGCCCGGGACAUUCAGGAGGCCCUGGAGGCGUGCCAGACCCGCAUCUCCAAGAUGGAGCUGCAGCAGCAGCAGCAGCAGCAGGUGGUGCAGCUGGAAGGGCUGGAGAACGCCACUGCCCGGAACCUGCUGGGCAAGCUCAUCAACAUCCUGCUGGCCGUCAUGGCCGUCCUGCUGGUCUUCGUGUCCACCGUGGCCAACUGCGUGGUCCCGCUCAUGAAGACUCGCAACAGGACAUUCAGCACUUUACUCCUGGUGGUGUUCAUGGCCUUUCUCUGGAAGCACUGGGACGCCCUCUCGAGCUACGUGGAGCGCUUCUUCUCUUCCCCCAGAUGACGCUGGCGCGCGCUGGCACACAAGGCCAUGCUCCCUCCCCCGGCGAGUGCAUGCAGUGGAGUCACACAGCAGCGUACCUACUCGGAAGUUUUCUACAACAAGAGUUGAGUGAAUCUGUUUACAUUUAGAAUAAUGUUUUUUUU